AUGAGUUCAUCAACACCAAAACCUAUUACACUUGAAGGUAGCUGCCAUUGUCAGCGUGUUAAAUUUUCAGUCGAUUCAUAUACACCUUAUCCAUAUAUGAUAUGUCAUUGUCUGGCUGAUACGAAAACAGCCGGCGUAUUUAAUUGUAAUGUUAUGGGUGAAUAUUCAACAUUUAAAAUAAAGCAAGGUCAAGAAUUUGUUAAGAUUUAUCAAGUGAAAUUAUUUGCAACUGAAAGUGGUAAAGCUGAAGAAUCAACUACAAAAUUAAGUCCUCAUAAACGACAUUUUUGUUCUGAAUGUGCUUCAUACCUUUGGGCUUAUCAUGAUACUUAUCCACAAUGGAUUUAUCCAUUUGCAUCAUGUAUCGACACACCAUUACCAAAACCCAAUGAAUAUUAUCAUAUUAUGACUGAUUUCAAACUUAAUCAUAUAGAAAUUCCAAUCGGAAACAAUAUUCAUACUUAUACUCGUUAUCCAGAAGGAAGCAUUGAAGAGUGGCAUAAAAAGCGCGGUCUUUAUGGAACUUAUACGAUAGAGAAAUAG